AUGAAUAAUACGAAUAGUUUUCCCAAAAUCCAAAAGGCAUAAUCAACAGCAAAACUUUUAAUAAGGACAGAAUGGGAUUAGAGUAUCAAUUCAAGUAUACCUAUAACGAUAAGAGCGGAAAUGUCAUAAAAUCGAAUGAAAACUGAUAUUACAAAUAAACACUUUUAAACAAAUUCUGAUGUUUCUUAUCUCAAAAAUAAACAUAAAAAUUUCCAAUCUAUUGAAAGCAGCAUUUACAAAGAUCCAGAACUAUCUUAAACAAAAUAUGAUAAAUCUUUACAAAGUUUUUAUAGUACAAUGUACAGAAAAUCAUAAAACAGAUUACAAUUCAAAAAUAAAAUUGAAAAGACUACUAUCAAGAGCGAAUGGUUGGACUUUGAAGAUUUGCUAAAAGAUAAGAAUUUGAUGGAGAACGGGUUGUAAAAAUACUUUUUUGAUAUUUUGAAACAUGAAAUCAAGCAAUCACCAAAUUUAUCAGUUAUUCCGCCGAAUAGAUAACAAGCUUUGGAUUUGAAAGAGUGGUUGUUCUUCAUGCUUCAAAGAACGAAGGAUAAAAGCAAAAGUUUAACUGCUAUUUAAAUAGCUGAAGAAAUUCAAUUAAUAUACACAUCUUGUUUUAAAGAAAUUAUAAAAUAAGUCAAAGCUGAAUGUGUUGAGAGAGGAGAAUUACUCUAAAUUAUAUGGGACUUUUAUAUCCAAUUGAUUGAUUAAGUAAUUAAAAGUUCAAAUUAAUAAAUGCAAAUUGUUGAAUAAGAAGUGAAAAAUAAAAUGAUUGAUCAGCAGAACUUUUAUAAUGAACAACUCCAUUAUCAAGAACUCAUAUAUAAUGAAAGCAAGAACUAAAUCAAAUAAAUACAAUUCGACUAUGAUCGAGCUUUGGAUGUUGAUUAGUAGCAAAAAGAAGAGAUAUUACAAUUAACAUCUGAAUACAGGGAAGCACUUGAGGUAAUAGAGUAACAUAGAAAAUAAAUAGAUGAAUUGCAAUUAUAAAUUGUCAUGUUAAAAACAGAAUAAAUCAAUGAGAACAAUCCUGAAAAUGAGAAAAUUAAUAUCAAAGUGUAAUAGGGAUAGUCUAUAGUUUCACAUUUAAUGAAUUUUCAAGCUAAAAUCGAUAAUAGUUAGAAGUAUAGAAUCAAAUCUCCAUUCAAAUCAUAAGGCAGUAAAUCCCCUGGCAGAUCACCUAAGAAAAAUAGUGUCAUCUUUGACAGAUGGGAAUAAUUAAGGAAUUAAGAAAAUUAACUGAAAUCUUAGAUCAUAUCAUUAAAAUAUUUAGAUUUUGAUAAAGAUCAACAGCCAUCAUAAAAUAAAAUAAUAUAAAUAAGUGGAACAACAGAUCAAUAUGUACAAACUGAUGAAGAUUAAAUUUGGAAUUAACACACUAAUCUUUAAUUUUAAAGCGAUUCAACUCUCGAGAAGGCCAAAAAAGUAUCAAAUGAUCUGGAAUAAAAAAUAUCAAUGGCUUUGAAAAUGUUAGCAGAACAAGAAUUAGAUGAGAAUAAAAAGUUAUUGUUAUGCAGAACAUUAAGUGAAAGUAAAGAAGUUUGUGAAUAAAAUAAAUCAUUAUCAAUGAGAUUGAUUACAAUGAAUAGAUUAGAUUCAAUAAAAAAAAUGGAAAUAUUGGAAAAGGAGGAACUAUGCUAAGAAUUGGAGAUGAAACUACAAUAAACGGUCUAAGAUUUUAUCUCCAUAAUCUCGAAUAAUAAAAAGAAAGUACAUAGAUUAGCGACCAAAAAUACAUAGUUGAUAGGGACUUUGAAAUAAAUAGAAAGUAAAUAUGAAAUCAAAAUUAAUGAUGUCAAUGCAAUUGAAGAGGAGGAAUUUUAAAAUAAUAAUGAUAUGGAUCAAGAUGGAGAUUAUAAUGAAUUUAGCCCUGGUAAGGAAUUUUAGAAUUUAGAUGAUGAUAGCCAUCCAUAAGAGGAAACAAUCAGAAUGGUAGAUUCAAUUAAUCUAAAAAAAAAAGUUGUUUAAAAAUCUUAAAAAAAUUAGAAUGCUGACUCAGAAACUUAUAAUAAUGAUUAACUGGAAUAAAUAGAGAAUGGCUUUAAUAAUUAAACCUACCAAAAAGAUAUUAGAUACCUAUAAGAUAUGGAUAACAGUCAAAAAUAGUCUUCACAUAUGGAAUUUAAUGAUGAAGAGAUGUUAAAAGAUUCUAGAGAUUAAAUACCAUCUGAUCUUUUAACAAGUUCUCAUCAAAAGAUUAAAAACAAAGAAUUAGAUGAAAAUACUCCAUUGAAAAAUUUAGAAUUGAAGUCACCUACAGCAAAUAAAAAUUCGAUCAAGGGUAGUCUCACAAAUUAAAAAUCAAUUUAGAGAAUUUCAUAAUAGGGAGAUUCCAAGACUAUCAAUCAAUAAUAAUAUCACCUAAGAAACAGUAAAAAUUAAUUAGACCAAAAUUCUAUGAAGCUUGGAAAACAAAAUUCUAAACACAAUAUAAGCAAUAGUCCCAUAAGAGAGAAGGAUGAAAUUUCGUAAAUGAGCCUAAGCUAGAGAAGUCAAGCAGAAUCAUAGGAUGAUGAAAACAAUCGUGCUCAAAGAAUUAAAGAUGUCAUAUCGUAAUAUAAAGAUAAGCAAUUUUCAAAAUAUUCCUUUGUUCAUAAAACACUUAAUUAUAAUUUACUCUAAGAAACUAAACAAUCUAAAAGAUUUAGAAGGGUUUAUAGUUAAAAUACUGAUGUAGCUAAUAAUUUACUUAAAUAAGUAAUGAACAGUAAAAAUUUAACUAAAACUCUAUCUUUUCUUCAAUUCAACAAAAUUAUCAAUUAAAUAUUAACUGAAGUUUCAAAGUAAAGCGAAGCUUAUAAAAUACCAUUCCAUGUUUGUAUUUAUGAUUUCAUAAAGAAUAAAUAUGGAUUUAAAUAAGUUGCUGAAAAAAAAAUAAAAUAAAUCUAUGAAUUUAUCAUAAUUGAGAAAGAUAAGAAUACAAAGGUUUAGUUAAUUUCAAAAUAUUGUAACCUAAAAAACGAAAUUGACGAAGUUGCUCAAAAACUUUUGAUUGAAGCCUUUGUAUUUUUCAAUAAUAAAAUUGAAUCCAAUAAAACAGAAUUUCUAGUUACCUAUGAAUCAGCGAGUGAAUUUUUAAAUGAAAAAUCUUAACUUUGGUUACAAGCCAACUAAAUACAAUAAUUAUAAACUUAGUAUAAAGUCUUAGUCUAAUAAUAUGGAUCCAAUAAAUAUACUAUUAAUUUUGAUUAAUUCAUAAUGAAAAUCUUAGAUUUUUACGUCUUUAAUAAAAAGGACUAUUAAAAUAUUUUGGAAACGUUAUUUAAGGCCGCAGAUUUAGAUGGAAAUAAAUUAAUUGAAUACUAAGAAUUUAAAACUCUUUAUAGAGCAAUCCACACUUAAUAGGUGUUAAAUGAAAGUUUGUUAUAGGUAUUUUUAAAAAACGCUGACUUCGCUGAUGACUAAGGGGAUAAGUAUCUCACCUUACCAAGGUUUACUGAAAUGGCAAUUGAAUUAGCCAUUUUCCCCAAAGAAUCAGUUAUUAGGUAUGGAGAAGGAUGUGAAAAGAUUAAAGAGCAUUGGGAAACUGAGAAAAAUACCAUAAAACUCAGAUUUUUAGAAGCUAAAUAAUAUUCGAAAGUUAAACACACAUUUAUUGAACUAGAUAAUUUGAUAAACAACAAUAAAAAAGAAAUUCAAAAUAUAUUAUGGAUGAGCUAUAAACUUCUUAACGAACAAUCUUUGAGAGUCUAUCUUAAAUAUUAAACUUAAUAGUGUCUUUCUGAAUUGCUGCCUUUGGAAAUUUUAGAAAUUCAAUAGAGAUAUCAGUAAUUAGAUACAAUUGAAUGA